AUGGGCUUUCAGGCUUCACGUGAGCGUUUCGGUUUCCAGGCUGGCUGUGGAAACCGUCGGCCGGCGUCCGGGCUGACUUCAAAACCAGGACGGCCUCAGGCUGGAGUCAGACAGCGCCGACGUCAGAGCGAGCCGACGUCAGCUGGGUCCGACGUCAGACUGCGUUCGACGUCAAACCGGGGUCCACGUCAGACCGGGUCCCACCUCCAACUGGGUCCCACCUCACCCUGGGUCCUACGUCAGACGGGCCCCCAGCUCAGAGCUGGUCCCACUUCAGCCCCGGUCCUACCUCCGACUGGGUCCCACCUCAGACUGAUUCCCACCUCAGACCGGGUCCUACCUCCAACGAGGUCCCACCGCCAACUGGGUCCUACAUCACACUGGGUCUCACCUCACGCUUGGGUCCCACCUCACACUGGGUCCUGCCUCAGACGGGACCCACCUCGCGCUGGUUCCCACCUCACGCUGGGUCCCGCCUCAGACUGGAUCCAGCCUCAGACUGGGUUCCAUACCCCCCUGGGUCCCACAUCAGACAGUUUCUGGCGACAGGAUGAAAUCUUCUGGAACAGCCCAUCGAGUCCAGAGCCUGCAGCCUGGGAUCCUGGGAAAGCACAGAAGCCGGCAGAGGGUGAAAUUGUUGCCAAAGUCAGCGCUCUCAGAUCUCUAUGGUGCCUGGUGGAGAGAGACAGUAUUAAAGAAAAAAACUCAAUGAUAAAAAAAAAAUCAAGCCAAUCUCCAAAGACUAUGAUUUUAGGAAGGAUUAAAGGUGAGAUGCCUCAGGAUGAAAAGGUGUGACUACUAUUGACUUCCCACCCAACCUCUUGGUGAAACAGAUCUACUUGCAAAUCUAAUGGGCUAGAAAACAGAAAACACAACAAACAAACAAACAAAAACAGAAACAAAAAAAAAACCCAGGAUCUUUCAUGGUUCCGAGUAUCAACAGCACCAGAAACUAUUCAAAUGAAAUAAAGACAGUGCUAAGAAUAAAGUUGAGUUCUCUGCCAGAGUUAUAAAAUGCAUGGAAAGACCCUCACUGGGAUAUUCGAGCAGGAGCAGAGAAGUAACAACAGACACCGAAGUUUGUUUCUUUGCGGAAAACGGAACACGAGCGAUCCAGAGAUAUGAGACCCUACGAUAUUUUAUUUUCAGAACAAGACAGAACCCAACGGCAGCUCCCUAAGGAGAGCCCUAAUUCCCAGCACUGGGUCUGCUUAAGGAGCCCUGGCAUUUCCUCUUUUGCGCAGAGUGCAGCCCGCACAACAAUCAAGCUGUGACUGGGAGCUGAGCGCAGUAGUUAAUUAAGGCUGCAUCUUUUAUUCUCCAGGGCAAUUCAGCACAGCGUGAAUGCGCCCCAGAGCCAGUCUGUGGUGGGAAUGUCUCCCCGGGCAGUGGGAGAAUCCAGUCUCAUCAGCAUGACAAUAGCCCCCAGGAUGCACUUGGACUGAUGUAAUGGCCAGGGUUCGGGGAGGGGGGUUGAAAGCCUUGUAGCAGAAGCCUGGAGCGUUUGCAGCUGACUGGGGCUAUUUCAGUGCAUGAAAUUCCUUCCCUCUUUCUUUCUUCCUUUUAUAAGAGAUGUUUGCUAAUUGGUAGAGCUCAGAAAACAAUAUACCAUUAAGAAUCCCCUUCCUUCCUCCCACCUCCCCCACUCCCUGCGUUCUCGCCUCGCUGGAAAUCUCCACUUUUGUUCUGUGGUUUGUGUGAAGGCUUAGUUUUUCUUUCUCUUGAACGUCGAACUUAUAAACAAUGAUUUACUAAGAGACCCUGCAACCAAUUCUCCUGUAUCAGGAUUUCCCUAACGCACUCUCUGCCUUGGAGAAUCUUGGCUGUGGUCCUGCUGCAACUCAUACGUUUGCCCUAUACAUGAUGCAUUGAUACAAAACAUUUUGGAAAAGUGAGUCAUGGAAAGUUAGCCUGAUUUUGUAUUUUUUUUUCUUUUCUUUUCUUUUUAAAUCACGGGAACCUAUUUAAAGCUGGAGCAUUUGACUCAUUGAAGUUGACAGGGUAAUGGUCAAAACGGAGACACACACGAGGAAGUGCCGAUUGAGUCUGGCGAUGGAUGUCGUUUGGCUUUGCCACCAACUCAGAAGUGGCCUAGGCAAGGCGCUGUCCUCUCCUGACUGUCUCAAUACACUCAUCUAGGGGAGAGGAACUCAGUGUUGUCUAAGGUCCCUCUUGAGCGAGGCACUUAAUGACAGUUGUCAUAUCUUCUUCACUGACAAGGGACAUAAGCUCUCAUGUGCCAGGAGAUUUGCAAUGUGUUAAUUCUCUAGGAGAACAAGAUGGCCAUAUUCUACCUGGAGCUUUUAAAUCAAUGCUCUCGAUCAUUCUGCACCAUAUUUCCAAGUGAAGUGGACCGCAAAAGAAAGCAUGCACUGAAUCUGGCUCACGUGAGCGUCUGGCAGCUGAUAAACAGAAAUGAGAGCACCAUCGCUUCAGGAGAAUGUUCUUUACUUUCCAGAGCAUACAGCCUCCAUUUUCUGUUCUGUCUCAUUGUUCCCCCUUAUCCGGCAUUUGUAGGGCCACCGGAGAAAUCUGAAAGUGCCUUGUAAGCAUUUCCCAAAGUCAAAUAAUUUUUUCUUUAAAAAAAAAAUUUUCUUUAACGUUUUAUUUAUUUUUGAGAGAGACAGACAGAGUGCAAGCGGGAGAGGGGCAGAGAGAGAGGGAGACAC